CAGUCACAUGUCCUGGGUCAGCUGACUGAGACAUGAUAAAGGCCUGGAGCACAGUCUGCAGUGAAACACUCCCCUCUGAACCAAGCUGUUGUCUUUCCACUCAAACGGCGUAAACAGCGGAGUCAUGCUGCUUCUAACUCUGCUCUUCGUGUCUUCAGCUGUUGCCAGCCCUCUGUUGGGAACAGAGCAGUGCGCCCGUGGCCCCCCCUACUGGUGUCAGAAUGUAAAGACUGCCUCUCUCUGUGGAGCUGUGCCUCAUUGUCAACAGAACAUAUGGAAUAAACCCCAGCUGAAAACUGUACCAUGUGACCUGUGCAAAGAAGUCAUCAUUGUGGUUGAGCAGAUUUUGAAGGAUAAUGCCACAAAGACUGAUAUUCUUGGAUACCUGGAGAAAGCCUGCCAGCUCAUCCCAGACGAGGGCUUGACGGCUGAGUGCAAAGAGAUGGUGGACAGCUACUACCCCAUCCUGAUUGAUAUCAUUACUGGAGAACUGUCUGAUCCUGGUGUGGUGUGUGGAGCAAUGGGACUGUGCCGCUCUGAGGAGGCUGCUCUGGCCCAAAUGAAGCCCAAAGAACAGCUCCAGUCCAACGAAAUCCCCAAAGUAGAUCUGUCCCAAGCUGCAAGCCCAUUCCUCGUCAAUGUACCCCAGCUCCUCUACCCCCAGGAGAGCCCCAAAGAGGAAACGCCCAAACGGGAUAAUGACGCUGUAUGUGACGAUUGCGUCAAGUUCAUUACAGACGCUCAAGCACAAAUCAAAAGCAACAGCACAUAUGUCAACAACGUGAUUGCCAAAAUUGAGGGGCAGUGUGACUUGUUGGGACCUGGACUGUCUGAUCUGUGUAAGCAGUACGUUAGCCAGUACGCACCUCUUGUUGUUGAGCAGUUUGUGGCGAUGGAUCCAAAAGAAAUCUGUUGCGAUGUUGGUUUCUGUCCUUCCAUGAAGAAGUCUGUCCCAAUGGUGAGUCUUCUGCCUGCCAAGACCAAACCUGCUGCUAAAAGUAUCCCGGCUUUCAGCAUGUUCCCUGCCACAAAAGUAGAGGACAAAAAGCGUAUGAUCAGAGUGGGUGAUUCCCCUUCAUGUGCCAUUUGUGAAUUUGUGAUGAAGCAGCUGGAGUCGAUGUUGGAAGACCAGACAACAGAGGAGGAGGUGAUUCAGGCUGUGGAGAAGGUGUGCACGCUUCUGCCCUCCACUCUGACCGCACAGUGCAAGGACAUGAUUGAGACUUACGGCCAGGCCAUUAUUGAACUCCUGGUGCAGCAGGCAGACCCCAAAACUGUCUGUAGCGUCCUGGGACUCUGCUCUGGCUACAGCGGCAAAUAUAUCGCUGCCCUUGAUCAGACCCGUUUCAAGGCUGGUGGAUACUGCGACGUGUGCAAACUGGCAGUGAACUAUAUUGAUGGCAUUUUGGAGCAGAAUGCCACUGAGGCACAGAUUGAGGAGGCUGUGAAGAAGGCUUGCAAUUUCCUGCCUGCUUCUUUACAGCCUGAGUGUAAUCAGCUGGUUGAGCAGUAUGAGCCAGUGCUUGUCGAACUCCUGCUUCAAAUGAUGGACCCUGACUUUGUAUGCAUGAAAGUGGGAGCCUGCCCUGAAGCUGUGAAGAGACUGCUGGGGACAGAGCAGUGCAGCUGGGGACCCAAAUUCUGGUGCCAGAGCAUGGAGACAGCUACUCGCUGCAAUGCUGUGGAGCACUGCAGACGUCAUGUGUGGUAGAUGAAGUUGCCAAAAACUGACCUAUAUGUUGGGAACUGAGGAAAAAUUACUGUAGCUGCUUUCCCCUUUUAAUUUUGUCCUUUUAUUACAGACACAUUAACAUGUAAAUUAACGUGGGAUAUUUUUAAUGUCUUGUCAUGGAAAGGGACUGGAUGUGUUUCCAGACUGGGAGAUUUGAACGCUGUGAUUGUGAAACCUGAGGCCAAAUGCUUUGUUCAGCUAAAAUGUUCUGCCGUGGUAACAAAAAUUCACUGGAUUUUUGAUGUUUCAUUUUCCAUUAUAAUUUGCAAAAUCUUUUUGAGUGUGUGUGUGUAUAUAAAGACAUAAAUUUAGAUUUACUUGUUUUACUUUGUGACAGAGCACCACAUGUUGAUUUUUGAAGAUUACAAUUGUAUUUUUGGCAACAUGGACUGUUCAGAAAUUCUUAUGUUCAGCGUAUAAUGAAAGGCAUUAUGGUGACAUUUAUAGGAUUUCCUGUUUGUCAAAGGGUAUGUGAAAAUUUGUCAUCUCACAUUGUUUGCACUGUUUUAUAACCUUUAGUCGGAUUGAAACCAUUUUUUUUCUCCAAAUCCUAAUCAUCUGUUUUUCAGCUGGUACAUUUUAACAAUAAAGUGAUCCAAAUUUAAA